AUGCCUAAUAAAACACGAGCCGGGUCUUCUCGAACAAAAAAGCAGUCUGGAGUUAAAGACGUCAUUGAUGCGUACUUAUUCUUAUACAACGCGGCGUCAUUCGUAGCCUGGGGCUGCGUCUUUUACCUAGCCCUCAUAUCAUUGUUGAAUUCUGAAGGAGAUUUUACAGUAGUACACAACGAUGUGAGAGAAGUACUGGCUUAUGUUCAAACAGGGGCGAUUCUAGAGGUUAUUCACGUGGUUCUCGGUUUGGUGAAAACUCCACUCACUACUACAGUGAUUCAAGUAACUUCUCGCCUUUAUCUUGUAUGGGGAAUACUUGCGCCCUUCCCUGAGGUGCGGGGUCACUGGGCACUGACUACGAUGACCAUUGCAUGGAGCGUGACUGAAAUAAUCCGAUACUUGUAUUAUGGCCUCAAUAUUGCCAAAAAACAGCCCGCAUGGUUGCUGUGGUGUAGAUAUACUUUCUUCUUUGUGUUGUACCCUUUAGGAGCAGGAAGUGAAGCUAUUCUCGAGUUUUUACAUGAUGUAUACUCAUAUGAUAUAUCAGAGAAAGAAAUACUUGAGUAA